AUGGCGGAUCUCUUGCGGCGCUUCUGGGAGGUGGAGGAGAUUCCGGUUGCUUCCCCGCUCUCUGAGGAGGAGCGGGCUUGUGAAGAGUUUUUCGCGGCGUCCUUUCGGCGUCGUGCGGACGGCCGCUAUCAGGUGCGGUUGCCUUUCAGGAGCCCUCCGACUGAGCUGUCUCUCGGCGACACUCGGCGGAUUGCCACUGCCUCGUUGCAUCGCUUGGAGCGGCGACUGCUUCGGCAGCCUUCCUUGGGCGGGGCCUAUCGCGACUUUCUUGUUGACUAUGAACGACAGGGGCAUAUGAUCCGCCUGCCGCUCAAUGUCGAGACCCCGCGGCCCUCUUACUUUAUUCCACAUCACCCGGUGAUUAAACAAGCCCCCGAGCUUAAGGUAAGAGUGGUGUUCAACGCCUCGCAGGCGUCCACCAAUGGCCGGUCGUUGAACGACUUGGUGCACGUGGGGCCGCGCUUACAGCGAGAACUGGGCGAGAUUCUACUCGCCUGGCGCAUGCAUCGAGUGGCCUUCUCUGCAGACAUCGAGCAAAUGUUUCGUCAAGUGCGGGUGGCUCCGGAGGAUCAACACCUCCAACAGAUUCUCUGGCGAGACAGCCAGACGCAGGCAAUAUCGGUGUACCGGUUGACCACGGUCACCUAUGGCAUGGCGUGCGCUCCUUAUCUGGCCAUCCGCACGCUGCACCAGCUGGCGCUGGAUGAGCGGGAACGUUAUCCCCGGGCAGCAGACUUACUUCGUCGACAAACCUACGUCGACGAUAUUCUUGCGGGGGCAGAUGACCUUGGGGAGGCACGCAGUCGACAGCGUGAGCUGAGCAGCUUGCUCAUGGCGGGCGGGUUCCGACUCAGGAAGUGGGCGGCCUCACAUCCGGAACUCUUGUCCGGUAUCCCGGAGGGGGACCGCGAGCCUUUGGUGCCUCUGCCGGACCCUGGGGCCGUGGGUGCAUCUGUGCUGGGGGUCGGUUGGAUUCCGGUCGAGGAUGCAUUCUGCUUUUCGGUCAACCCCGGGGCUCAAUCAGCCAUCUCGAAGCGUGGCAUCUUGUCAGUCGUUGCGCGAUUAUACGACCCCCUGGGCUGGUUGGGGCCUAUGGUAGUACUGGCGAAGAUCCUCCUUCAGGACUUGUGGUUGGCCGGGCUCGGUUGGGACGAGGCUUUCCCUUCUCCGCUCUCGCGACGUUGGGACGCCUUUAGCACCGGGCUCGCGGAGGUUUCCGCGAUCCGAGUUCCUCGCUGGACCGGAUGGUCGCCUGAAGUGGAGAUCCAGCUUCACGGCUUCUCGGACGCCUCGGAGCGGGCGUACGCCGCCGUCAUCUACUUACGGGCUCGACGGUCUGAUGGGACCACCCGUAUCGCUCUAUUGGCGUCCAAGACCAGGGUCGCCCCACUAAAGCGGGUAACGUUGCCCCGCCUGGAGCUGUGCGGUGGGCAGCUGCUCUCGCGCCUCAUGAAGGCCAUUGUGGAGGCGCUCGGUUGUGCCGAGGCCUCCCUGGUUUGUUGGACCGACUCUUCUGUCACGCUCCAUUGGAUAACAGGGCAUCCAUCUCGAUGGAUCACCUUUGUCGCCAAUCGCGUCUCGUACAUUCACGAGAGCCUUCCGCGGGCCUCGUGGCGGCAUAUCCCGUCUGGCGACAAUCCCGCGGAUUGCGCCUCCCGGGGUUUGUUGGCCGGCGGGCUACGAGAACACGCCCUUUGGUGGCGUGGCCCCUCCUGGCUUGUCGAGGACCCGGCGGGCUGGCCGGGUCUAACUUGCGUCGCGAGCGACCGAAGCACUUGCGAGGAACGGCGCAUGGUUCACGUGGUGGCCGUGAACCCGGAGGACUGGUCCGGUGUCCUCCGAGCAUGCUCCUUCCGCAAGGCCAUCCGCGUGAUGGCCUAUGUACGACGAUUCCUGCGAGUCCCACGGAUCAGUGGACCCUUAACGGCGGACGAACUGAGUGAAGCUCGACUGCGCCUGCUGCGGGUUACGCAGCACCGCUUCUUCGCGGAGGAAUUGGGCCGUCUGAAGCGGGGGGAGCAUUGA